CAAACGACUUUGUUUCUUGCCAGGGAGAAGUGGAAAAGAUUGAACUACAAAACAAAAAUUUGCUUAAAGAAAAGGAGGAUCUGCAAGCAAGCUGUGCAGGUCUCCAGAAACAAAACAGCGAUCUGCAGGAAGAGCUCAGGAACACACAGGACAAUUUAGUGUCUCUGAGGAGCAACACAGAGAAACUGGAGCUGGAGCUGAAUGCCCUGGAAAAGGAAAAGCAACAUCUAAAGGAGCUGGAUGACUGUAGAAAGGCAGAACUGCACGAGCUCAAAGCGCAAAUUCAGAAUGUGACCUCUGACAAGGAACAACUGGACACGAGACUGAAAACAGCCCUGGAUCACAUGGAUCAGCUGCAGUCUCAGGUGUUGAGUUAUGAGAAAGAAGUGGAAAACUUGUCUCUCGUGGACCGUGACAAGGCAAAGAAGCUCGAACAUUUAAAGAAGGAGAAUCAGCAGUUACGCAUGAGUCGAAGUCAACAGCAACAGAACUCAAUGAAAGAACUUGAGGAGCAGAAGCGUUUUGUUCAGGUUCUGCAGGCAAGAAAGAAUGAAGCUGAUGAGGAAAAGCGGAAACUAAAAGAAAAGAAUAACGGGCUCCUGAGGCUUCUCUCGCAGGUUUCUUCACAAACUCAAACUUCAGUUCCAGCUUCUGAACUAGGAGAUCUUCUGUUUGGAAAUCCAUAUUAUGCUCCAGGAAUAAACCUGUUGGCAGAAGCUGCAGACAUAGCUUCUCUAAGGAAAUGUCCCAUGUGCAAUGGUGUAUUUCCUGAAGAUACUGAGACAAAUCAGUAUGAGACCCAUGUGCACAGCCAUCUUCUGGAGUGCCCGUUCUGCAGCUAGACCUUUGCAAAGUCCAAUAAGCGGGUGUUUGAUGACCAUGACCUGCAAUAAUUCUGAAUUUAUAUCUGCUCUGUAGAAUAAGUGGCAGAGGCUGCAGUAUAGAAUAGACCACAAUCACUGUGUAGGCUCAAUUCAUGCUAAGAUCACCCAAACAAGACUAGUUAUACCACUAGUACUGUAAUUCUGAGCUUUCUGUGCCAGGUAGCCUAUGACCAACACAUAAAUCAGGUCAGAUGUGCACACCCUGAAACUGAACCACCGCCAUCAGAUUUAAGUCCUCUGUCUUGCAUCCGAGUAUAUGUGCUUGUUAAAUGAGUUACAAGUCCUAUAAUUAGUAAUUUAGUUGGAAUGUGGUACCAGUUCUUUAGAACAGGAUUGGCCAUGUAACUGUUCAUUCAGGUAGGGAUCCAAGUGAUGGGGUGCAGUACAGCAGUUUUCUGUAUUUGGCUGAUGCACCUGCAUUAUAAUGGGUUUAUUCUUUAAUACAGCGCUGUGAUUGCUAACCAAAGACCAGGAACACUGUAUAAUCACACUUUCAGUCCUGCCCAGCAGAAUUAAUUAUUAAUAAGUAAAAAAGCCUGAAUCAAAAUACAUCUUUCACCGUCAGUCAUAAAGCAAGUGAAAGAUAGAUGGUUAUAAAGAGACUAAAUAUCUACUUGCAGAUCUGAAGGACACAGCUUACUGGAAGGUGAGGCACCAUCCAUCUCAGAAUGAGGAAAACCUGAAAUUUCUGAAGUGGGGAAGGUCACUGUGGUGUGGAGCCCACAGGGGAGCAGUAGCUGAGUUGUCUUGGCAGCACAGAGGAUAAAUAGCCUCUCAAUCAGAAAUUGGGCAUCCUCAUUUAAAAGAAAUUAUAAAAUUAAUUAUUUCUCUUUCAUGUUUCUAAACCUUCUUGAUUUAACAAGAAGAAGCUGUUCUCAAACCAAAACAUUGUGAUUCAAAACUAAGUGCCUUGGGAUAUUAGUGCUUUGUGCACAGGUUAUCCAGUUACUAUUUUUAUUUCUGCUUCAGAAUUUUCUAUUUAUUAUUAACAGCUCUUUUUUUUCCAUGCAAACACAAAUGGGGAAAGAUUUAAUAUCCCAACUAUAUUAGACUGUUUCCUGCUGAAUAGCUGAAGCAAUAGAAAAUGUUGAGAAGUUUAUACAGAGUUUUAAGAAUAUUGAGAGUAACAAAGGCUUCAAAAUACUUUACUGUUUGGUUUCUACACAAACUUUUUAUCUGUCUAGGUUUAAAUAGAGUAUUUCUCUCUUGAGGUGUACUAUACUAGUAAACAUUAUUUAUAAAACCUGUAAAAGAAAAUAAGAGCAAAAAAAAUCAAAGCUAUAUGGAUAAAACCUUUAAAAAA